AUGCGUGAAAAUACACCACCACGUGUAAACGAAAUUGAAGAUGAUGACGCUGAAGAGAUAAUCUUCGCCAAUGAUGUGCCACCCGAUGACGACGAAUUGGAAAUGGAGGAAAUCACCAUGGAAGAGUUGGAAGCGCGUUAUGGCUAUCUUUCUGAUGUAGAAGAAAACACGGAGGGCAGAUUUUCGCAGUCGCCAGAACGUGAUGACGCCAUACUAACAUUCAUGAAGCAUAAAUCGGCUGUAUUUGGUUGUUCAUUACAUCCUACUCGGCCGCUGGCUGCUACUGGCGGUGAAGAUGAUCGCGCAUAUGUUUGGAAUAUAAACACUUGCGAAGUGAUGCUUGAAAUUACGGAACAUAAAGACACCGUCACUGAUGUCCAUUUCAGUUACGAUGGCACUUAUCUAGCCACCGGCGAUAUGGCGGGCGAAUUAUUUGUACACAAGUUGCAAGAGAGUGAGUCUGGUCCACAGUUAACCUUGCGCAAGGUGUGGGAAUUCUCGAUGGGCGAUAUGACUUGGAUGUGUUGGCAUCGUGCUGCUAAUGUCCUAAUGGCGGGCAGUGAAAAUGGUGAAGUGUACGUCUGGCGUAUACCCUCAGGCGAUUGUAAAAUACUACCUGGAGAAGGUGUGCGUUGCGGUGUAGCCGAUUUGACCGGUGAUGGAAAGAGGCUCUUUGUUGGCUAUACAAAUGGUGCAGUCAAGCUGUGGGAUCUAAAGAGUUGCACAGUGGUCAUGGAAGUAGAUGCACAAAAUCCAAUGGCGCAGCAAACGGUUGUAUUGUCGGUGGCGUGUGAAAAGGACUCACCGUUUUACGCCGCCGGAGCAGCAGAUGGUAAAAUUGUUUUCUGCACAAAUAGUGGUCCGGUGGGUGCUGUAGAGGCUGAUGGUUCAGUAGAAUAUUUAGCAUUUCCGCCUUCCAAUGACCUUAAAAUAGUUGCCAGUGGUACAUUGCAAGGACAAAUAGCAAUUUGGGAUUAUACAAAGUAUAAUAUGCGGACAUUAUGCGAUCACACCUUUGUAGAAGGUGACAAUUCAAAUAAAUUUCAAGGUGGCAUAACCCGGCUGAAGUGGCUCAGUGAUCAUACGCUCAUGGCAGCUACAAUGGAUGGCAAUGUGAUUGCUUUUGAUGCGCGUUCUGGCGCACGCAAAUUUACCCUCGAGGGACAUAUGGCGGAAAUCUAUGAAAUGUGUUAUAAUCCACAUGAAAACAUCUUGUUGACAGUAUCGGAGGAUCAUCGAGCGAAAAUCUUUAAUAUACCACAGCUGGGCGAUUAA